AUGUGGCGGCGCGUGAUAUUCAUCGACUCGGACCUGACGGUGAGGGCGGACAUCAGGAGAGGAGCUCUGGGAGAUGGACUUGCAGGGGCGCGCCUACGCGUUCACGCCCUUCUGCUCGGGGAGCGCAGAGCUGCCAGACGGCACCCGCGUGAGUCGUGUGAACAACGAGACCACCGGCUACAGAUUCUGGAGGAGUCUGGGUACUGGGCUGGACACCUGUCCGGAAGCCCGUACCACAUCAGCGCCCUCUUCGUGGUGGAUUUGGGAGGAAUUCCGAAGGCAGUCGGUGGGCGACAAGUUGCGGACCACCUACAACUCGCUCACCAGGGACCUCUUGACCCGGGCUCGCUGGCCAACCUCGACCAGGAGGGGGGUCCCUCUUGA